GGAGACCUAAUGAGGAAGGGGGGUGAGUUAUACUUCAUCUCAUAGUCCGGGCCACUCAGAUAAGGCUCGAGGGGAUCUCGUACUUGGUCUGACCGGACUAAAACGAGCAGUCAGAACUCUCUUCCGAAUUUUUUUUUUUUUUUUUUUUUUUUGGUUGCUCUCUAGUCCAAAUAUUUUGCCGAUCCGGCUAGGAGUUCUACCUUCUCUUCUGUGUUUUUCAGCCUCUUGCUUUUGCUGGAGUUCAUUAUAUGCCCGUCUUGACUCGUGGACAAGAGAAAAGAGAUAAGGAUCCAAUGGCAACUCGAGGAUCUAGUAGUUCCAACAUGACACCGCCCAAGCUUUUUGAGAUUCUGAAGGCUCAAAUGGAUGCAGCGGAUGGCGAGGAUAAACCACUGUAUCAGGCCCGCUACCAGACGGAACUGGCCAAAGAGGAGGAGGAAGAUGCCAAGCAGAAAACCGCUAUUGAAGGACUCGCAACAGGUGCGGAUUCCGAUGUUGCUACAAGUAAGAGCGCAGAAAAUUCUGCAUUUGUUGCAGCCCUGAGAUUGAAACCAGCAAUGGCUGGUCCCAGCUAUAGCAGUCCAUACAUGGAUAGAAAGGCGGUGAUGAUACCGUCCACGUACGAUGGCAAGGAAGAUGUUGAGUCCUGGAUCAGCUCCUUGAGAGCUUACUUUGAGGUGGCCCGCGAGUUUCGCAAGCAGCGGUACGAUGACAACAGCGCACCGCUCCUCUAUGUCCGCAUCCAAGUUGGGCAAGCGUCCUGCAGCGCUUUGCUGGAUAGCGGCGCGUCUCGCAAUUUCAUGAGCCAAACCUUUAUGCAAAGUACUGGCCUUGGCGCACAAGUUCGGAGGAAGGCAAACCCGGUGGCAAUCAAGUUGGCGGACGGAAGGACGCAGCAACUUAUCGACCGCUACAUCGAGGCCAUACCGGUGUAUUUCGCACCUCAUGCAUGCGAACCGGUGACGUUCAACAUUUUGGAUAUGGACUUCGACAUUAUUUUGGGAAUGCCUUUGCUUGCAAGUGCGGAUCACACGGUCAACUUCCACCGGCAGACUCUUACCGUUCGGGACGCCUUCGACGCCGAAGUGUCGUGUACUAUUCCUCUUCCGCACCCUUCGAUCCGGUGCCAAGUGGUGACAACCAAGUCAUUCCGGGCUACUUGCGCUUACGAGCAGCCCGACGAAAUAGGGCUAUGCUUCCUAUGGACCAUCGCGGUAGCCGAUUCUUCCCCCACGGACUUGUCGUCGGACCCCCGUGUGGUGUGGUUGCUUGACGAGUUCACCGACAUCUUCGACUCAUCUACCGGUGUGGUGCCGGAUCGGCUGAUCUCUCACGAGAUCAUUCUUGAGGCCGGUGCCGUGCCGCCGAAAUGUUGCAUUUACCGCAUGAGCGAGGAGGAGCUUACGAUUUCGAUCCGGCCGAACGAUCACUAUAAAUCCACGUUCAAGACACGGUACGGGCAUUUUGAGUGGGUGGUCAUGCCUUUUGGCCUCACCAAUGCCCCGAUGACCUUUCAAGCGGCAAUGACCAACGAGUUUCGUUCGCUGUUGGACCGGUUCGUGCUGGUCUACUUAGACGACAUUCUCGUCUAUAGCCGGACAUUGGAGAAUCAUCUUGAGCACCUUCGACGAGUGUUGGAGACGCUCCGUCGCGCCAAGUACAAAGCCAACCGCGAUAAGUGUGAAUUUGUUUGGCAAGAGUUGGAAUACUUGGGCCAUUUUGUCACACCGAAGGGCAUCAGUCCGUUGUCAGACAAGAUUCAUGCCAUCCAAGAGUGGUCGGUGCCGCGGAACGUCACGGAUGUCCGUUUGUUUGGCCUUGCCGGCGACUACCAACGUUUUAUCAAGGGAUACUCGAAGAUCACGGCCCACUUGACCAAGCUUCAAUGCGAGGAUCGACCAUUCGACUUCGGGAAGGAUGCGCGGGAAUCAUUCUUGGCUCUCAAAGCCGCAUUAUUGUCCGCGGAGGUCUUGCGAAUCUACGACCCGCUAUUGCCAACGCGCGUCACUACGGAUGCGUCCGGCUAUGGCAUUGGUGCCGCCCUCGAACAACACAAUGGCAUGGACUGGCACCCGGUCGAGUACUUCAACAAGAAAGUAUCCGUCGUACAGUCCAUUGAUGAUGCACGCAAGAAGGAGCUCCUAGCCUUCGUCCACGCGCUCAAGCGGUGGCAACACUUCCUCCUUGGUCGAAGUCAAUUCUGAUGGGUAAUGGACAACAAUUUGUUGGUCUUCUACAAGACCCAAGA